AUAAGGGAAAGUGGGGACGGAUAGUAUUAUUUUUAUAUUUUAAUUGUAACAAAAUUUAAGAAAUCCUUUCUGCGAGAACACGCAAUUCAAGGCAGAUGGAUAUUUUUGUAACAGUGCAAUAUUGCUUCUCUUCAUCCCAUGGGAACCGGCAAGAGCAUCCGUACGAUGAGAUAUUAGGACCCAGCGAAACACACCCAGCACAGCAUUUUAAGAUUACAUCUUCGUCAAAUAUCCAAAAGCCUCAGUAAAUCCAAAACUACAGACAAUUUGCAUCAUCCAAUUCUCCUGGUUCUCUCUUUUCAGGGUGUUACACAUUGUGGAAACGUUCAUGAGAAGAUACUGAUUUCUUUUAUCAAGCUGAGGAAGAAAUCUGCUUUCGAUGGAUAACUUACCAGACCAAUUGGUUUGGGAGAUCUUGAGCAGAGUCAAGAAAACUGUUGAUAGAAACUCUGCUUCAUUGGCAUGUAAGCGUCUUUAUGAAUUGGAUAGUGAACAGAGACAUUCUCUUAGGUUCGGUUGUGGAUUGGAUCCUGCUAAUCAAGCUCUGACUUCGCUCUGCAAUAGAUUUCCUAACUUGGUAAAAGUAGAAAUAACUUAUGCUGGUUGGAUGUCCAAGCUAGGAAAGCAAUUAGAUGACCAAGGGCUUGUGAUUCUUGCUAACAACUGCCCAUCCUUGAUUGAUCUCACUUUAAGCUAUUGCACAUUCAUUACUGAUGUGGGACUUCGCUAUUUGGCUUCUUGCUCCAAGCUUUCAGCCUUGAAGUUGAAUUUCACACCAAGAAUAACUGGUUGUGGCAUCUUAUCUCUUGUUGUGGGUUGCAAAAAACUCACCAUUCUCCACCUUAACCGGUGUCUCAAUGUUACCAGUGUUGAAUGGCUGGAAUAUCUUGCCAAGCUUGAAACACUUGAAGACCUUUCAAUUAAGAAUUGUAGAGUGAUUGGGGAGGGUGAUUUGAUUAAGCUGGGAUCUAGCUGGCAAAAACUAAAAAAAUUGCAGUUUGAAGUGGAUGCCAAUUACAGAUAUAUGAAGGUUUAUGAUCGGUUAGCUGUAGAUCGAUGGCAAAAGCAAUUGGUCCCAUGUGAGUCUAUGUUGGAACUUAGCCUUGUUAAUUGCAUCAUCAGCCCAGGGAGAGGGCUUGCUUGUGUGUUGGGAAAGUGCAAAAAUUUGGAAAAGAUCCAUUUGGACAUGUGUGUUGGGGUGAGGGACUGUGACAUGAUAGGCUUAGCCCAAAAAUCAAGAAAUCUUCGUUCAAUUUCUCUUCGAGUUCCUUCUGAUUUCUCCUUGCCACUUCUGCUGAAUAACCCUUUGAGGUUAACAGAUGAAAGUCUUAAAGCUUUGGCUCAAAACUGUCCGGUGCUUGAAUCUGUCCGGAUUUCUUUUUCAGAUGGGGAGUUUCCUUCCAUUUCGUCGUUUACUUUAAGUGGAAUCCUUGCUUUGAUUCAGAUGUGCCCUAUUCGGGAACUUGCUCUUGACCAUGUGUAUUCCUUCAAUGACGCUGGGAUGGAAGCUCUUUGCUCAGCUCCGUAUCUGGAAACCUUGGAGCUAGCCAGAUGCCAAGAAAUCAGUGAUGAGGGGCUGCAGAUUGUGGGCCAGUUUCCUUGCUUGUGCAUAUUACGGUUAAGAAAGUGUUUGGGAGUUACAGAUGAUGGGUUAAAGCCUCUUGUUAACUCACACAAGUUGGAAUUCUUGACUGUGGAAGAUUGUCCUCAAAUUUCUGAAAGGGGUGUUCAAGGUGCUGCAAGAUCUGUAUCAUUCCGGCAAGACUUGUCAUGGAUGUAUUGAACUUGGUAUUGGAAUUGAAAGAGCUUAUUUGUUUGUGUCUUCUUCCAUGCAUUUUUCUGUGAUUAGUUCUAGAUGGUAUACACUGCAUCUGUUGCUCCUCUAAUCAUUCUUGCUUCAGUGGAUGGAUUAUUUCUUUAUAAUUGUUAAGUACGCUUCUGUAAUUGACCACCCAUUUGUUUUAUUGAAAUAAGUUGUGGAUUUAUUUAUCUUUA